CUCCCUGGGAGCAGCGGGGAUGACCAAGGACAGCUGCUGCCCCGGGAGAAGGUGGCGCGGCGGGAGCUGCGGGCGGUACCCGCGGGCUGCGGUCCCGGCCCUGCCCAGCCCGUGUCCGCCCUGCAGCGCUGGACGCGGGGCUCGCUCCCUUCGCCUGUCCCUGCCGUGCCAGCGGCAGCUGUGCCGGGAACGGGAAAAUCCCCUUUCUCGGGCAGCAGCGCCGGGAGCCAGCGGGUGGUGCCUUCAGAACUCCGUGAGAAAUGGGAAAACUGCAGCUGGAGUGCUGGAAGUGGAGAGUCUGCAGUGAACGCCUGGGCAGUGUCUGACCCCAGGUCUUGGAAGCUGUGUGGAGAUUCCUCCCUGGAGCAGGGUCACCCCGUGAGGAUGAGCCACAGGGAUUCAGUCGUUGGACCAGGACAGGAAAAAUCAUCAAACUCCUCCCAUCUUUGCCAAAAGCCUCGGUGUCUAAGCAGCCAAAGCCAAGAGGCUUCAGCACCAGGGGUCUGCGCUGGAGGGCUCCUGGUCCUGCCCAGGCUGUGGGUGAGCCAGGGCUGGCACAAGGACUCGUGCAGGUCCUGGUCUGGCACCGGAGCUGCUGCCCUUUGGAGCCAUUGUAAAGGUACGAUUACAGAACAUUUUGGAGGCUGUCUCCAGAAUUCCAUUUGUAGCUGGAUCUCGCUCCAAGUGCAGCAGCCAGGCUGUCCCGCUGGAGCACCCUGGCCCCUGCCGUGCCUGAGACACAGAGAGCCCCGGCCAGAGCUGCUGUCACUGCCAGUAACCAAGGGAUGGGACUGGUGUGGGUUCAGAAGGAUUUAUUGCUCGCACAAACAUCAGCUCAGAGGCCCUGAGACUUUAAAGGAAUGCUGGGCUUACCCCUGUGGACGUGCGCUGAGCUCUCGCUGCAGGACCCUGUCAGGCCCCGAUGGCUGUGAGUCAUGUUCUUCUCACGGGGCAACUGGAAAUAAUUGUCAGUUAAUUGCAGAAGGAAUGAAUGAAUGA